UUUAUCAGAUUAAACAUUCUGCUGGCAGUCGAGUUUGCGAGGUGCCUCGUCUUUUUAGGAAACGAUUUUAUAGGACAUGUGACUAAAUUACCCGCUCACAUGGUCGCUGUGUUUGCAUGAUCCGCUUUAGUUUUUAAAGUCCAGUGCUCGAGCUCGCUCUGCAACAACCAUCCGGAGCAGAAGACCACUAAAACGCACGACCUAACCGGACAAGCCAUGGCGAGCAGUGGACAAAAAGUAGUUCUGAUCACCGGUUGCUCCUCCGGCAUCGGGUUACGAAUCGCCGUCCUGCUGGCCAAAGAUGAAAAGAAGUGUUACCAUGUCAUUGCCACCAUGCGUGACCUGAAGAAGAAGGAUAAGCUGGUGGAGACAGCAGGUGAUGCGUAUGGGAAGACCCUCAUGCUGCUGCCUCUGGACGUGUGCAGUGAUGAGUCAGUCAAGCAGUGCAUCAACAGUGUCAAGGACCGCCAUAUUGAUAUCCUCAUCAACAAUGCAGGUGUGGGCUUGUUGGGACCAGUGGAAAGCAUCAGUAUCGAGGACAUGAAGAGGGUGUUUGAGACCAACUUCUUUGGCGUGGUGAGGAUGAUUAAAGAGGUCAUGCCUGACAUGAAGAAGAGGCGGGCGGGACACAUCGUGGUCAUGAGCAGUGUUAUGGGUCUACAGGGUGUAGUGUUCAACGAUGUCUACACUGCCUCCAAGUUCGCCAUGGAGGGCUUCUGUGAGAGUAUGGCUGUCCAACUGCUCAAGUUCAACGUCCAUUUGUCUAUGAUUGAGCCAGGGCCGGUGCACACUGAGUUUGAGACGAAGAUGAUGGAGGACGUGGCCAAGAUGGAGUACCCAGGAGCUGAUGCAGACACAGUGCGCUACUUUAAAGAUGUUUACCUGCCCUCCUCCAAGGAUAUCUUUGAGGCCAUGGGUCAGACCUAUGUGUAUAAGAGACAGGCCAUGAAGUAUGCCGACGAGACAGGCGGCCUGUCGGUCAACACCUUCUACAACCUGCUGUUCAACUUCGGCCCCCUCAUGCACAUCACCAUGAGCAUCCUUAAGUGCCUGACCUGCAGCUGCCUGCGCCGACGCACCAUCUCACCUAACUGAGAGAGACUGGGUCUGGGUCUGAAAUGGAACCCUAUUCCCUAUAUUGUGCAUUACCAGGGUGAAAAGUAGUGCAUUAUAUAGGGAUAGAGUGCCAUUUUGGACAUACCCUGUGAGAAAUAUACAGUUGUGUAGCUGAAUUAUUGACACCCAAACCUGGACCACCUGGGGGAAGGAGGGGCAUGUAGUUCUCGGGGAGAGAGGCCGUGAGAGAACCAGGAUAAGCUUUGGCCAGGCAACACGCACAAUUGCACAAACACAGACAGUACAGUGUGACCUCAUACAUGGGGCUAGAGGUUUUUUCUGGUCAGAUCAUGUGAUCGGGAAAAACUCCUGGCCCUCCUCAUACAUACACAUGAUUACA